AUGGAUGAGAAAAACAAGAGUGUGAUCGUUGAGUUCAAACAGAUCUCGAUUUCCAAUCCAAACAACCUCAGUAGCAGAGAUUGGCUGGCUUCACUAGUGAGUGAAGAAGAUACAACAGCUCAGACUUUUGGCUCUGGCGUCCGAAUAGGAAAGGUCCCCAGUGUAAUCCGUGAGAAAGGCGAGAAAAGCUAUGACCCCAAGGUGGUCGCCAUCGGUCCCUACCAUCAUUCCAAGCACGAAUACGAUCAAAUGGAGAAGCACAAAACGAAAAUGGUGAGGAAGUUCAUUUCGUUACUCACUCGUAAAAAAGGGGUAAAAGCUGAUGACCCAAAACAGAAAGCAGAAGCCCUGUACCAGAAGGUUGAUGAUGUAGCACAAGAAGCAAAGCUCUGCUAUGAGAAAGGUUCAGUUGAGAUAUCCGACGACGAAUUCAAUUGUGUAAUGUUCACAGAUGGUUGUUUUGUUGUCUAUUUCAUUCAUUGCAUGGUGAACGAUGACUUGGAGAAGUUGGAAAUGAGAAAUGAUCAUGUAUCUUUUGUAGAAAAUGACUUGUUCUUGCUGGAGAACCAGCUCCCAUUUUCAGUCAUUCGUGCAUUGAUGAGCUCUGAAUUCCCUCGCGAUGAUUGGAAGGCAAUGAUCAACAAGUUCGUUAAGUGGGAAAUCUCUAAAGAUGAUGACGAUGACUAUGAUGAAGAUGAAGAACAAGAUCCUUUUCAUCUCCUCGACCUUCUCCGGACCAGACUCCUCAAAAGCAACAGUAGGAAAGACAGGCCUCAACUUGGAACUAGCCGUCGGUUGCUGCAACUGGGAAUUCUCCGGCAGCUGUUUCACCUGAACCCCAAUCAACAAUCCUGCCCGCCAGAGCAAGAGACUGAAGACGACUCAAAGGAGUUUCUCUGGCAAUCAUUCGAUACAGCCAAGGAACUUAAGGCAGUGGGGGAUCAACUUCGGUAA